AUGAACAAUAGCCAGCAAGAAGGCGAAGGGCGAGAAAGGCAGCGUCCAGACCAGUACCAACAUCCAGCUGCAGCACCCGAGAAUAUAUUUACCAACAUCUACAAUGUCAUUGCGGGUGCUAGAGAGUCUGCCAGCCAGGAAUUCACUCGGUUUUGGGAGAGUUUAGGACAUGUUCGAGGACCCUAUUACUCUUCUCCCUCUGCUGCUGCUAAUAUUCAAGCGAGAAAGAUCAGGACACCUACCUCAUUAAGAGGCAGACAGUUCAGUAGAAACAUCAGCAUCAACGGAAGGUUUUUGCCAGACGAUAAUGUGCGUGGGAUUGUUAAAGAUGUCGAGAUUCAAACAGACGAGGAUCUCUUUCAGCCAUCGUCACUCUCUAUUCCACACAAAAGAUCAGCUUCGCCGACAUUUGAGGAGUACCAUAUUCCGUUUCCAGUCAAGAACACCAGUAAAAAGACACUGUUUUCUCUCGAAAAACGGGAUUCAUCGUUCGAAAGACCCUCCUUUUUAUCGCGUCGCAUAGAUACCAGCAACGAUGAUUUCUCAAAUCAACUACAACAGGAGCCAUCACAGCAAGAAAAGGAAGAGGGGAAAGCCUCUAUACCACAGGCUACAUCUGUAAGCGACAACAUACACAAGGAACAAUCGCCACCGCCACCACCACCUCCACCCGCAUUGCCAUCGUUAUCUCCAAAGAGAAACCCCAUUCGCAAAGCAAUGUCUCUGUCACCCAAUCGUCCCUUAUCAUCCUGCACUUCCAGGGCAGUAUCAGCUGGACGAUUCACGACAUCGCCUAAUAGAGAUAUCAGAACCGGAUCAAAGUCGGUACGUCGACUCACCAUGGAAUUGGAAGGUCAAUUCUCACCAAAGUUUCCAUCUCCCUAUUUGCCCAAAAGGCAGCGACUAGAAUCCAUCCAAGAUACCUCUCUUUCAUCAUCGCCUCAGUAUGACAGACCAGGCGAAUCAUCCUCAUCGCCAUCAUCCCAUUAUCGAUCUGAAUUAGCAGCCACUAUAGCAGCACAAGCUCAGGCAGUCUCAGCAACCAUGACCGCACACACUUCACCCACAAAACCAUUGCAGCCAACAUCGCCAAAGGUACAUGGAGCAGACGAGCAGCAUCCCACAACGAACAAAGACGAAGAGGAUUACUAUGCCAAUCUUUUGAAACAAAGGGAGUUGGAUGAGCGUGUCAACAAGUUAGAAAAGAAAGUCAGUAUUGCGAGAACAAGAGUGUCAGAAUUCAGCGCAGAGAACGGUGGUGGUGGCAGUAGUAAUAGUAGCCACAUCACAUCACCUACACCAUCGCACACCAUUCUCAUUCCUAGCAGACAUCAUUCCAUACCAAUUGCACCAGUAUCAGAUGGAGCCUACCCUUGUCAAGUUCGUCCAGAGACGCCCAAAUGCACUGCUGCCAAUGCUGUUGCUAAUAAAAAGGACAUGGUGCUGCUGGAGUCUCAAAGUGGCGAUAAAUCAACAAGUCCACUGCGACCAACGACCAUCAACCCAGACGGCAGAUCGCCAUUCAGUUAUAUUUCCAACGCAGAUCCUGCUAUACCUUCUGCAAAUCCAUACAAGGCAGCCAACAAGAGUCCGGUAAAAGAUACGCGAGUGAGCCCGUCGCCAUACAGAUCCAGCAUCAUCGUCUCAUCACCUCAGGAACCAACCAAAGAGCCAAGCUCUUCACCGUCCUCUGUCAGUUAUGCUGCUGCUAAGGCUGCCAUUCAAGAAGCCGUAAAUAGAAAAAGCAGUGCUUCAUCCUUUGGCGAAAAAAUCAGUUCUGUAAGAUCCAUCGUGCCUCGACCUUUUGCCUCAGCAUCAGUACCACCAGCGCCUCCUCAACCGCCUCAAUCAGCAUCAACAUCACCAUCCAGAGCAUCCUCCUAUUAUCCACCUAAACAUACCCCAUCUCCCUACUUACAACCAUCCAACGGAAUUACUCAACUCAAACCAAAUGACCAGCACAAGUCUAAAAUGAAGGAAGUGAUCAAGAUGAUACCACAUUUCAAUCUGAGAAAAGCAGAUACCAUCAUUGGUCCAGACGGUGUAUCAAGACCAAAUCCAAUCUGGCUUGACAUUUACGACCCCAAACGAAGACGCUUAUAUGAUCAAAGUUUAUAA